CUCCCCGCUGCGGCCACCGCCCGGAUCUCCAGCGAGCGCCGCCUGCAUUCUAAACCCCCCGAGCCGGCUUGUGAUCACCAUGGCUGCAGUGGAUCGAUUCUCCCUCUUGUACAGAGAAAUCAGUCGCUCCUGCAGUUUCUAUAUAGAAGCCCUGGCUAUUGUUGGAGCUUGGUACACAGUCAGAAAGUGUGUGUCUCUGGCAUUGGACACUUACAGCGCGCUCAGGCUGCACGUUAUUCCAAGGCUGAGUGGGGAGAUUGAUCUCGUCAGGAAAUACGGGAAAUGGGCCGUGGUCACGGGUAGCACAGAUGGUAUUGGGAAGGCUUAUGCUGAACAACUGGCAAAGCAUGGUGUCAACAUCAUCUUAGUCAGCCGAAACAAAGAGAAGCUGGAGGCUGUAUCCAGGAGCAUAUCUGAAACCUAUAAAGUGGAAACAGAUUUCAUAGUAGCUGAUUUCAGCAAGGGGCGUGAGCUUUACCCAGCCAUUAAGGAGGCUCUGAAAGACAGAGAAAUUGGGAUUUUGGUGAAUAAUGUAGGAAUAUUUUAUGCCCACACAGACUAUUUUACUAAUGUGUCUGAGGAUACGCUAUGGGACUUGAUCCAUGUAAAUAUUGCUUCUGCUACCAUGAUGACACAUAUUGUGCUGCCAAGCAUGGUAAAGAAGAGGAAAGGGGCAAUUGUGAAUCUUUCUUCAGGAGUCUGUUGUCAGCCUACCCCAAUGUUGACAGUCUAUGGAGCCUCUAAAAGCUACUUGGAUUAUUUCAGUAGAUCACUGCAUUAUGAGUAUGCCUCUAAAGGAAUUUUUAUUCAGAGUCUAAUGCCAUUUGUAACUUGUACAAAUAUGGUAGCAUUCAGCAGCACUAUGUCAAAGAGGUCUAUCCUUUUUCCUACUGCUGAAGAAUAUGCAAGUCAUGCUGUUUCUACUCUUGGGUUAUCCAUAAGGACCACUGGCUACUGGAAGCAUGCAAUACAGUGGACGCUGGGCGAGUGCCUGCCGGAAUGGAUGUGGGCGUGGUUUGCACUGUACUUGAGCAGAAUUCUACGCAAGGAAGCUUUGGCAGCCAAAGCAAAAUAGGAGCAGCUCGAUGUCCCAUGAUACAAUUCUGAUCUCAGUGUUGCAAAAAUAUUUAAUGAACCUUGGAGCACUUACUGUAACUUGUCCAUACCUUGAUAAGGAAGCUGCAUAACCUAGACAACAGAAGUCUGGAUCCUCUCUGUAUCCUUGUAUUAAAUAGCUCCUCUGCUGCUUUCCUGCAUGACAGACUGCUGAUGUUUUUGAUGUUAAUCUCUGUUCACUUUCUCAUUGAGAUAAUUGGGCAGGAGCAGGUACAAUGUUGUUUCUAAUAAUAAGUGACAGUGCCUUACAUAGUGCUAUGUCCAUUUGUAAAGUUGAGAGAAUUUGAGACUCCUCCAACUCCAUCCGAAGCGGGACCCCAGAAAAAUCAAGCUAUUGAAAACGACAGCGAUGAAGUUGUGGAGAAGAUGGAGCAGCUGGGGGGUAUCAGGGCCAGGGACCCCUGACAGCUCUCUCCACAGCCUCCGCUGGCCCUCAAAGCCGUUUGCUUCAGUUGGUGCAGGAUAAAACUUGUGUUGCCAACAAUGCCUUCCGCUCGCUGGCAAAGGGGCUUUAAAUCCAUACAUUUAUUUUGGGCAAGGGAUUAAACGCAGCUCGCUCCCGGCCCGUCCCUGCCGGCGCUCUCCCUGUGGGUCACGGGAUCCUCUCGCGGCUCUCCCCGGGCCCGGCCCCCCGCGCAUGCGCAGCGCGGGGUUCUCGCGAGAGCGCGGCGGUAAACAGCGCACAAGAUGGCGGCGGGCCGGGCGG